AACAAUAAUCUAAUCAAAAGAAAAUAAAAGAGUAAGAAAAAUGGCAAAUGACAGAAACGUUAACUGGCAGUUCAGCGGCAGUGAUGCGGCCAAGGCCGCCUCAGCUGCCUCGCUAGGCACUUACACAUCUAAACUCUUUGCUCUGUGCAAUCCUAACGGAAAUCCCAUUUUGCCUCCUCGAGGUGAAACCGCCGAGACUAGUCAUACCGCUGAAAAGGCUGUCGUUAAAGCCGUCCUAUGCGGCACUGGAAACUCAUAUGCUCCCAGUAUUGGCCUUCCGAAGGCCAAAUGUGCCGUAGCAAACUACCUAAGCAGAGAUCUUCCAAAUAAACUGUCAGCUGAUGACGUUUUUAUGACUGUCGGAUGCAAACAAGCCAUCGAACUUGCGGUUAAUAUCUUGGCAAAACCAAAUGCCAACGUUUUGCUUCCCAAGCCAGGCUUCCCAUGGGACGUAGUCCGUUCCAUCUACGAGAACCUCGAGGUCCGCAACUACGAGUUCCUCCGCGAAAAGGACUAUGAGAUUGACCUAGACAGCGUCCGAGCGGCAGUGAAUGAGAACACAUUUGCGAUAUUUAUAAUCAAUCCGCACAAUCCCAACGGGAACACCUACUCUGGAUAUCAUCUAGAGCAGAUCGCUCUCUUGGCUCGAGAACUCGGGAUAAUGGUUGUUUCUGACGAAGUUUUUCGAUGGACGGUGUUUGGGAGUAAUCCUUUUGUUCCCAUGGGGAAGUUUUCGUCCAUUGUACCGGUUAUUACACUCGGGUCCAUAUCAAAGGGAUGGACUGUCCCCGGAUGGCGAACUGGCUGGGUCGCUCUGCACGAUCUAGAUGGCGUCUUUAAAACCAAAAAUGUUUUUGAUGCUGCAAAACAGUUCCUUGAGAUUGAUUCUAAACCAGCAACUGUUAUUCAGGCGGCUAUUCCCACCAUCUUGAAGGAUACUCCUAAAGAGUUCUUCGAUAAGAGGCAGAGCUUUCUGAAAGAUAAAGCUGAUUUUGCAUAUUCUAAGCUCAAGGGCAUACCUUCCCUCACCUGCUACAUGAAACCUGAAGCAUGCACCUUCUUAUGGACUGAGCUGAACUUAUCAUCCUUUGUGGACAUUAAAGAUGAUGAAGACUUUUGUGAAAAGCUUGCUACCGAGGAAAACCUCGUCGUUUUACCGGGGAUUGCAUUUAGUCUGAGGAACUGGGCGAGGCACUCUAUCGACAUGGAUACUCCAACUUUGGAGGAUGCAUUUGGAAGAUUGAAGAGCUUUUGUGACCGCCACUCCAUUUUAGGUGAAGCUCCACCCAAAGACGUCAAUGGGGUCAACUAAAUGGUUCUUAUCUUCUUAUGGAAGCCAGAGUCUUAGUUAUAUGCUAUAAUAAUAAAAUGGGUGUUUUGCUUUUUUGAAUAAUAAUGAACACCUCUCGAGUGUGUCACGGAAUAAAUAAAUGGUGUCCUAUAGUACCCGUCAAUCAUGUAAUGUUUUCUCAUCGUUGGGCAU